AUGGAUCCUGUAAUUCUCGCGAUAGUGGGUGUGUCAUCCACAAUCACUCUAAUUGUGGCUUUUGUCCUUUGCGCUAAGAGGCAAUCAUUCACAAUCGAACAUGACUAUGACCCUAAUUAUAUUUCACCAUCUGUGAGGGCGAAAAACGCCUACCGUGCCAGCCAUGUUCACCAACCCAUUACGAAUUUGACCAUCGAAAAUGGACAUUCUAAAUGCAGAGAUGAGUUAAUCGACAAGGCCGCGAAGGAAAGUGCCCCGGAAGUAAUCGUGAAUAACAAUGUGAGGGUGGAUGUUGUUAAGGAGACUUCCGGCGGCAUCCCUUCUGGAGAUCGCUUGGAGAGGAAAGAUGAGACUGGCGCAGGAGACGUUCCUUCCUAUCCUGCUAAAGACAGCAUGAAACAACCUAGUGCAAGGGGGCAGGAGGUUCACCGACAACCAAGUAAACGGAAAGCACCAACUGCUCCAGGUGGACCGACUGUGGGUGGACCGACUCAGGGCGGACCUACUCCCAGUGGAUCAAAUCAUCGUGCUGCGAGUUCAUCUGUAAAUCAGAAGUCUGUGAGCUCACCCACAGUAUCAGUGUCUACACCAGCUCGAUCAGCUACAACUCCUCCAAAGGUAUCAACCUCUCAAGGGCAGAAGGCAACAACAAAAAAUCCGCAGAGACAAUCGAAGCAGAAAGCACCAACCCCAAAGCAAACACCCACAAAAGCUGCUGCUGAUUUAAUCAAAAAGGAGGCACCGACGGCUGCAUCAGUGAGAUCUGUCCGAUCUGUCCCUUCUGACCCAGGUACCAACUCCAUUCCAAGAGCGACGAAAACAACGCCUUCUCCUGAGAAGGUGCACUUUGUCAAGAAGUCCUCAACACUUCCAGGACGAAGUAGCAAGAGACCGGCUCCUGUCGCCCCUGGAGAGGCAAAAUCAGUUAAGUUAACCGUGCCCAAAACAGAAGAUACAGAGCCUUCCAAAAAUGACAUAGCAAAACCUGAGACUCCUGCAGAAGACCUCACAUCAGGAAGUGAUGCGGGUAGUGUUGUGGACAAACCUAAACGAAAUUCUCGUCUCGACCGUCUUCCAAGCCUACCCAAAGAAAAUUCCUUUGAUUCUGGUUUGGAUGUCAAGCAAUCUGACAUCGCUUCCCUCUCAGCUGGAUCAGAUAGCUUCGAUGGUCCUGAUCAUGUUGAGGGUAAAGAUCUAAUCGAGGAAGAUCCAUACUCUAUCAUCAACACUAGGAAGUUGAGUGAGGAGAGUGUAGAACACAAUAACGUUGCCGAUAAUGAUGAUACACCACAUAAAAAUGGAGAACAUGGAGAGGAGAAUCCGGUGGCAAAGGACGAUGGGAUCGUCCUGGAACUAGCACCCGAUGUGGCGACUGAUGGCAGCCCCACAGAGACGGAUGCUAAGGCUGAACCCCCCUAUGCCAAGGUCAUCAAGAGGAACAAGAGGAAUCGAGCGAAUGUACGCGUCCGAUUUUUGGAACAUCCAGAGGAGACCGAACCGAAUGAUCCACCGACGCCUGGGCCUUUGAUUUCUAUGAUGAAUACGCCCACCGUCGCUGGUGUUUCAGUCGGCCAAGACGGAAAGCCUGUUUCACAUCACACUACUGUCAUGGGGUUCUUAACAUAUUUUUCUGGGGUUCUACUGCUGCUGGUUCAGUUCUCUCUCAUCGUCCGGGAAAUUUCCGCCCAGUGCGCGAGUGAAUUAUCUGUGUCCUCAUCCAAUCUUUCACCAGUAUCAGGGGAUUUUCUCCAACUCUCCUGCAACGUGAGUGAUGCCAACUUCGAGAGGGCGUCCUGGUACCAGGGAGAAACACUUUUAGUGAUGGGUCUCACCAAGUUGGUGGACAACCCUCGGCUGCUAUUACCAGGUGAAGUGGACAUCGGAGACGGUUGCUUCAACUUCGGUAUUGGCAUCCGUCAGGCAUCCCCAGAAGAUGCUGGUGAGUACACUUGCCGCAUCGGUAACGCAACAUCAACCUCAAUGGCCAUAGACGUAGUUGUUAAACCUGAUAGCACGUAUCCAACGUGUCACGCUGAUCUUAAUGUAGGUGCUUCUGCAGAUGAGGAUGCUACUGUCACACUGGUUUGUCAGACACAAACUGGUAACCCUCCCUGGUCACCUACUUGGGGUUCGAUGGUACUAGGUGGUGUCGAGAACGUUUCGAUCAGUGGAGAGUUCACAACGAGUCUCUUAGAGCUUACGGUCACACCGGAAGUACUUGGAUCGACGUUCGGCUGUUCCGCUGCGUGUAAUUCUAGCCAUAUUAGCUGUCUAUCCAGUGAUGUACGGAACUGUUCUAUCAGUGGCCUAUUAACGGCUUUACCGAUGUUACAACUUAUUGAAGCAGGUGGCAAUGCAAACUACACUUGUGAGACUUCCUUCCGUAACCAUAGGGUCUUGUGGAUUAUCCCUGAAGGAAUUCAAAUGGCAUCAACUGCGAAUACAGAAUGUUCGGCUGACAAUACUUCGUGUAACUUGAUACUUUCGAAUCUAGAUCCUGCAAGUAAUGGAACACAGAUCAAAUGUGCCUUGAGUCCAGUCGGUUCAAACGAAAUCACCAUGGAGAGCUCGGUUGUCGUAUUGGUACAUCCGGAGUCUACUACAAGCACACUUACAACCGACAUUAACACUGUAACUACUCAACAGUCUUCUACCACUCCAUUCAUAACGCCACCACCGCCCCCUCCUCCAACGCCGCCAUUUGUUGCCACUAGACCUCGUCCUACCACCGUUGGUCCUACAACAGUGUCUACCACUGCAAUACCUGUAACAACUUCUACCACCUCAGCUUCUACUACGAACCCUACUACAUUAGGCACCACAGUACCUACCACUACAACCACUACUAUGCCGCAAACACCUUCACCAGAUUUAUCCCCAAGUUCGACCCUGUCAUCAGGCCCUCUGCCUAGUACAUCCGUUGAAACUACAACUCCAGGCUCUGGGGAAAGCAGUUCAGCCGGCGUCAGCAUUGUUGAAAUCAUCGCAAUCGUCGUGACGAUAUCCAUUUUCCUCAUUGUCCUCAUCGUCCUCUUUGCCUGCGUGUUGUUUCGCAGGAAUGCCUCCGCGGAGAAGCGCGGAAGGCUUCGCAGGGAUGCCGCCAUGUUGGACUCGCAUGCGCCCUCUCCGUUCAACGCAUACGACAUGCAGACUGUGAUUGGGGGCAAAGACGCCAAGGAAAUGAGCGGUCCACCCGAAGAAAAAUCAGGCGGUGACGAUUCCAUGGGUUAUCUCCUUCCUAUACCCGACUUAGACGCGGAAGAUGAUGAUGACGUCGAUAAUAGUUCCUUUGAUAACCCCGGAUUUGAUAAAGAUUCGGCUCUGUACGCCUCCAUUCCUUCGAAAUCAAAUUAUGUAAACGAAAGAUUUUACCAUAACACACUGCCUCACAUCGAUGACAGGCGUCAGAAUGGAUCAAUUGAUCAAGGAUAUUAUGAACAUUAUUCGGAUCCUGAACUUGGCAGUGGUUCUAGGAUAGUCCAUGGUAUAAUAAGUACUACUUUGUAG